AAUACGGGACCGGCGACCGAUACCAACGCGGCUCCUUGGAGCCCGCGGCGGACCAGCGCCCCGGCGGGGCCAAGCAGGAGCAGGCACCAUGGAUUCUUUCAAGGUGGUGCUGGAGGGUCCAGCACCCUGGGGCUUCCGGCUGCAAGGUGGCAAGGACUUCAAUGUUCCCCUCUCCAUCUCCAGGCUGACUCCCGGAGGCAAAGCUGCACAGGCUGGUGUGACCGUGGGUGACUGGGUGUUGAGCAUAGACGGGGAGAACGCGGGAGGUCUCACACAUAUUGAAGCCCAGAACAAGAUCCGAGCCUGUGGGGAGCGCCUUAGCCUGGGUCUUAGCAGGGCCCAGCCAGCUCAAAGCAAACCGCAGAAGGCCCCGGCCCCCGCCGCGGACCCCCCGCGGCACACCUUUACACCCAGCGCCUCCCUCAACAAGACGGCCAGGCCCUUUGGGGCGUCCCCGCUCGCUGAUGGCACCCCGCAGCAGAACGGACUGCCACUUCGACCGCUGGUCCCCAAUGCCAGCAAGCAGCGGCUGAUGGAGAAUACGGAGGACUGGCGGCCACGACCUGGGACAGGCCAGUCCCGCUCCUUCCGCAUCCUUGCCCACCUGACAGGCACCGAGUUCAUGCAAGACCCGGAUGAGGAGCACCUGAAGAAAUCGAGCCAGGUGCCCAGGACAGAAGCCCCAGCCCCAGCCUCAGCUACAACCCAGGAGCCCUGGCCUGGCCCUACCACCCCUAGCCCCACCAGCCGCCCACCCUGGGCCGUGGACCCUGCGUUUGCUGAGCGGUACGCCCCAGACAAAACAAGCACGGUGCUGACCCGGCACAGCCAGCCGGCCACGCCCACACCUCUGCAGAACCGCACUUCCAUCGUGCAGGCAGCUGCUGGAGGGGGCACAGCAGGCAGCAGUGGCAGCAAUGGCAAGACUCCUGUGUGCCACCAGUGCCACAAGGUCAUCCGGGGCCGCUACCUGGUGGCACUGGGCCACGCAUACCACCCGGAGGAGUUUGUGUGCAGCCAGUGUGGGAAGGUCCUAGAAGAGGGUGGCUUCUUCGAGGAGAAGGGGGCCAUCUUCUGCCCCCCCUGCUAUGAUGUGCGUUAUGCACCCAGCUGUGCCAAGUGCAAGAAGAAGAUCACAGGCGAGAUCAUGCACGCCCUGAAGAUGACCUGGCAUGUACACUGCUUCACCUGUGCUGCCUGCAAGACGCCCAUUAGGAACAGGGCUUUCUACAUGGAAGAGGGGGCGCCCUACUGUGAACGAGACUAUGAGAAGAUGUUUGGCACAAAAUGUCGAGGCUGUGACUUCAAGAUCGAUGCUGGGGACCGCUUCCUUGAGGCGCUGGGCUUCAGCUGGCAUGACACGUGCUUCGUUUGUGCGAUAUGUCAGAUCAACCUGGAAGGAAAGACCUUCUACUCCAAGAAGGACAAGCCCCUUUGCAAGAGCCAUGCCUUCUCUCACGUGUGAGCCUCUCCUGCCCACUGCUGCUUGGCCCUGCCUGGGCUGGAAGAGUCAUGGUUCUGGAGCCAUCUCCCAAGACUUCUGGGUAGGGCUGGCAAAGGUGGCCCCAACCCCAGCUCCUGGCCCAAGCCUGGGGUCUCCCAUCCCCUCCCUCACCCCAUGUACCCCUCCCACUCCCUCCAUCAGCAUUGCACACUGGUGCUGGCCACACCGGCCCCUUUUAACCUCCAGUGCCACAAUAAACCUGUAUCCAGCUGUG